AUGGAGUUAGGAUUCAGUAAUGAUGUGGACACACUGUCUGUGUAUCGAUCGAUUCAAGACAGGAAGAUAGCAAGAUAUAAGCAACUACUUGGUGAUUCCGUAAUGCAAGAGCUCAGACAAUCAUUCUUUGAUGUGAUUGUUAUCACUGCAAUCGAUGAGGAACAAAAGGCUCAUUAUGAACGAAUGAUCAAACAAAAGAUUGAACAACGUCUCAUUCCCUCCUUUGUAAAGUACUUUGUCAUUGCAGACCCUGUUGGAGCCAAGAUAGGAUGCGGAGGAUCGACACUCUAUACUCUGGCAUGUCUCAGCCAACUCUUAACACCAGAUGUACUCUCAAACACUAAAGUACUACUGUUACAUGCUGGUGGAUACUCAAAGAGAUUGCCCAAUCACUCAACCUCUGGCAAGAUCUUUGCAUCAUUGCCAUUCCAGUUGGAACCGAAUGGAGUCGCCAUCACAAUGUUGGAGAUGAAGAUCAUUAUCUUGAUCGACUUCCCCAUCAGCAUGAAACCUGGCAUCUUCUUGGCUUGCUCAGAUGAUAUUGAACUGUUUGAGUCGAAAGGUAUGACUAUGACCGCGCCAGGCUUCACAGCGCUGGCGCAUCCCGGCACCAUUGACGUCGGACUCGGCCAUGGCAUCUUCAUCCUGGAGCACAAUGACAAGUACACACCAAACCAGCCAAACAAGUGUGUACGCUACCUUCACAAGCCAUCCAAGGCCAAGAUGGAGCAGGAGGGCGCCAUCCUCCCCAACAACCAGGUGUUGCUCGACAGUUGCUACUUCUUUGACAGCGACACCACCAAACUGUUGCUGGCAUACUACAAUGCCAACAGUCCUAUCCAAUGCGAGAUCGAUGCCUACAGCGACUUCCUGCAGCCACUGGGAUCAUGCGCCAAAGGUGACUACUUUGAGAACAAGAACAAUGUCACUGUGUACACUCCUCUGAUAGCACAGGAACGAAAGAAACUCUUUGAUCUGCUCAACAACAAUCAUACUCAGUUGACAGCAUUACCACUCAAUCCAUCAUCAUUCAUUCAUAUUGGAACAUGUCAUGAGUACAUUGAACACUUCACGCUCAACUUCCCAAAGAUUGGCUCGGUCAAUGUGGUCUACUCCAGGCUGGACGAUAGCAAACUGAUCGACGCCAACUCUGUCCUAAUCCACUGUCUGUUUGAUCAAGGACGUAUUUCAAUCCAAUCAUCAUCUGUGUUGGAGUACUGUCAACUGAUCAAUGUGAAUGCAUCAAUUGGACAACGAUGCAUCGUCUCAGACAUUGAGUACAAGGGCGAUGGCAAAGGAGCCUCGCUCACAAUCCCCUCCAACACAUUCAUUCAAACCCUGUGCAUCAAUAACAAAGGUUAUGUCACUGUGUUGUUUGGCGUGGACGAUGCAUUGAAGGCAACCUCCAACCCAACAUUCUUGGGUGCGCCACUUCAACAGCUACUCACCAAGCAUAGUCUGGCGACCGAGAGUGUUUGGAAGACUGACGACCAUUCACUUUGGACUGCAUCCUUAUUCCCAUUGUGUGCAAGCCCAACAGAGUCUGUCAUUGGCUCGCUUGCACUCCUUGGAGAUGCGGCCACCACUCAAUCAAGUGUAGUCGCAACUCGCUACUCACUCGAGCAAUGUCUCUCUGAGAAGGACUUGCUCAAUCAAUCAUCCAGACGUGCAAGACUAACCGAAUCAAUCAAGAACAAGUGA